UUCAAUUUUUUCCAAAUUCAAACUGUUAUGGAUUGGGCACACGUUGGAAUGUUCUGCUGCUAGCACAUUGAGUAUCUCUCAACAAGUCACAACAAGUUUUCACCAAAAUCCACUAAAAUCUCACUAUGCUCGCGCUCUAAAUUAACCUCAACAUCAGAGUUUUUUUUUUUUUUUAAUUUUUUUGUAGAGAAGUAUAUCUCACUUCACUUCUGCAUGAGGUUUUUGCUGGUUCCAAAUUCUAAUUCAAGUAUAUACAUAAUCCUUACACAUGUGAGGUAUUAAUAAUAAUCAUAAGCAAUAACAAAGUGAAAUCCCGUUUAGAUUUGAGAUAAUCCAAUCCCAAUCAAAAUCAAAAUGAAUAAAACUUUACAAAAGAUAGAAAGCAAAAUUCUCCAUCUUCUUCACAACACCAAAACCAAAACUCAACUCCCACAAAUCCACGCCCAUUUCCUACGCCAUGGCCUCCACCAAUCCAACCAAAUUCUCUCCCAUUUCGUCACCGUCUGCACCUCUCUUCACCAAAUCCCUUACGCCACACUCAUUUUCAACCAUACCCAUAACCCCAACAUUCUUCUCUUCAACUCCAUCAUCAAAGCCCAUUCAACAUUCCCACCUUUUCAUCAAUCGUUCCAUUUUUUCAACCUUAUGAGAAUAACCCACAAAAUUUCUCCUGAUAAUUUCACUUUCCCACCUUUGCUUAAAGCUACUUCCAAUCUUUGUCAUUACAAUCUUGGCCAGAACCUUCAUGCCCACGUUACUGCACUUGGAUUCUUGCAUCAUAAUCCGGUUAGAAUUGGGUUGCUUGAGGUUUACUCCACUUGUGGGAAAAUGGAAGAUGCUAAUAAGGUGUUUGAUGAAAUGUCUCAUAGAGAGGUUGUGGUUUGGAAUUUGAUGAUUCAUGGGUUUUGUAAGGUGGGUGAUUUGGAAAAAGGUUUGAAGCUUUUUAAAAAUAUGAAUCAACGUAGUGUUGUGUCGUGGAACAUCAUGAUUUCUUGUUUGGCGCAGUGUAAGAAAGACGGGGAAGCUCUUGAGCUUUUUCGUGAAAUGUUGGAGCUGGGUUUUGAACCGGAUGAUGCAACGUUGGUCACGGUGCUUCCCGUUUGUGCUCGCUUAGGUGAUGUUGAUGCUGGUGAAUGGAUUCAUUCCUAUGCAGAUGCGAAGGGGUUACUGAGAGAAGUUAUUGCUGUGGGAAAUUCGCUUGUGGAUUUUUAUUGUAAAUGUGGUAACUUAGAAGCUGCAUGGAGUGCUUUCAAUGGGAUGGUAAAUAAAAAUGUUGUUUCUUGGAAUGCAAUGAUAUCUGGUUUGGGUUAUAAUGGGAAGGGUGAACAUGGGGUUGACUUGUUUGAAGAGAUGUUGAAAGAAGGGGUAACCCCUUCUGAUUCUACUUUUGUUGGUGUUUUGGCGUGUUGUGCUCACGCGGGUUUGGUGGAUAAAGGGCGAGAAUUUUUUGAUUCUAUGACUUUUAAGUUUAUGCUUUCACCAAAACUGGAGCAUUAUGGAUGUGUUGUUGACUUACUUGGCCGUUGUGGACAUGUAAGGGAAGCUUAUGAUUUAAUUAGAACUAUGCCCCUGAUGCCAAGUGCUGCCUUGUGGGGUGCUUUGCUUAGUGCUUGUCGUACUUAUAGUGAUAGGGAAGUUGCUGAAAUUGCAGCAAAAGAGCUUGUCCGUCUUGAACCGUGGAAUUCUGGAAACUACGUGUUGUUGUCCAAUGUUUAUGCAGAAGAAGGGAAAUGGAAUGAAGUUGAGAAAGUUAGAGUGUUGAUGCAGGGAAGUGGCAUCAAUAAAGUUCCAGGGCAGAGUGCAACGGAAUAG